AUGGAAUCCUAUGAAUCAAAGCAGUGCUCAAGUUGCAGGUUAGAAUGCUUUAGUUGAACUUGUAGUCUGGAGUCACAUGAGUCGAAGUUCACUCCCUCAAGUUACCAACUGGACCAGAACUAUGUUUGCUACUCGCGGUGCUCAUCGAUUCUCCAAAAAGCUUCAGCCUUUUCAGGGGUUUCCUCUCGAGAGCUGUUGUUAUUUUAGCAGAACUAUAAUUAACCAUGUACAUUCCUUUACGCAAUCCAAACAGAUGAGACCUGUACGACGAGUUAAUCGACUGCCGAGCAAGUCUACCAAAUCUGUUCCGGAGCAAGACAUAGAUCUCCCUAAAGUUUUCAUGAGGGAUACAGUUACAAGAAUAUCACAUAUACUGAGAUUUUCAACUUGGGAUUCUGCUCAAGAGCAGUUGAUGGAACUUCCCAUAAAAUGGGAUUCCUACACAGUCAAUCAAGUUCUCAAGACCCAUCCUCCUAUGGAAAAAGCCUGGUUGUUUUUCAGUUGGGCCUCUAAAUUGAAAGGCUUUAAGCAUGACCAGUUUACCUACACGACUAUGUUGGAUAUAUUUGGGGAAGCUGGGAGGAUUUCAUCCAUGAACUAUAUCUUUCAGCAGAUGCAAGACAAAGGAAUCAAGAUAGAUGCAGUGACGUAUACAUCCCUUCUUCACUGGCUUUCCGACCAUGGGGACAUUAAUGAGUCAAUUAAAUUGUGGCAGGAUAUGAAAGAUAAAGGAUGUGUUCCUAAUGUUGUUUGCUACACUGCAUACAUGAAAGGUUUGUUUGAUCAUAAUCGAGUUAAGGAAGGAGCCAAGAUAUACAAGGAGAUGCUUCAAUCUGGUUGCUCUCCCAACUGCCACACAUACACUGUCCUUAUGGAGCAUCUUGCUAGUUCUGGAAAAUUUGAUGGAGUUCUCGAGAUUUUCAGUAAAAUGCAAGAUGCAGGGAUCCAACCAGAUAAAGCUACAUGCAACAUCUUAGUGGGAAAAUGCUGCAAAGCUGGGGAAACACAAGCACUGAUGAAAAUUCUUCACUACAUGAAGGAGAAUUUUCUUGUUCUGCGUUAUUCUGUCUAUCAAGAGGCUUUCCACACGUUGAAGAUGGCUGGGGUGAGUGAUCGGCUACUUAGGGAUGUGAACCGUCAUUUGUCCUUACAAAAUUUCAACCAAGAUCAGAUUGAUGAAUCAGAUGGGAUUUCUGAAAGUAGUUGCUUUACUUUGGACAAUAGGAUGAUUUUGUACUUGUUGAAUAAAAAAAGUCUUCUUGCUGUUGAUUACCUACUAGAUAGCUUGAUGAAUAAGCGCCUCAAAUUGGAUCCUAGAAUAGUUUCAACUGUAGUUGAGGUAAACUGUAGUUGUGGUAGAGUAAAUGGUGCCUUUUUGGCCUUUGAAGUCAGUGUGAAAUUGGGCAUAACCAUUGAAAGAAUUACGUAUCUCACCAUGGUGGGAGAACUUAUUAGAACAAAUUCCUUUUCAAGGGUUGUGGACAUUGUUGAAGCAAUGGUUGGGGCAGGCCUGUCAUUAGGGUCAGAACUAACUGCUCUUCUGAUUCAUCGGCUUGGCUGCGCUAGAGAGCUUGCUUCUGCUGAAAAGUUAUUUAGCAUCUUACCUGAUCAGCAGAAGAGUAUUGCUGUAUAUACAGCUUUAAUAAAUACCUACUUCACCUUUGGGAAUGCUGAUAAAGGGCUUGAAAUAUUCGAAACCAUGAGAAAGCAAGGGAUAAAUCUGGCAUUAAGUACUUACUGUGUCCUAUUGAAUGGUCUUGAAAGAAAUGGCUUAUUUGAUAAACUACAAUCUUAUAGGAAAGAAAAGAAGAGAUUUGAAUCUGAAAGCUGCAGUAGGGAGAUGUCAAUGGAGGAAACAGUCUGCGAUCUUCUUUUUGCUGGAAAUUUUGACAGUUGAGAUGCUAGAUAUGGAUAUAUGGACUCUUUUCAUGAUUGAUUGGAGUAUUUGGAGUACAAAUUAGCUGUUGGUACGUUGCUUGUGCUGUCUAUUGUGUGUUCAAAUUUACAGAAAUGGGGUAUGCUUAGUAUGGAAUCCCGCAUACUGAAACAGAAUGCGGGAUAGGUAAUCUCGUAUGGAUCAUAUUAAAAUGUUCUCUCUUUGACAAGUUUAGCUUAUCUUUAGAAGCUGUAGCAGCUGGAAUGAUUGGUCAAAUGGGGCUUGACAGCUUGAUUAUUCUCAUGCAACAUUAUGGCCUUAAAGAGUAAGAGCUUUGAUCUUUGGUGCUAUUUGGGUACUUUUUGGGAAGCGCGUAUGGUUUUUCCCCAACAUUCUGGCCG